GCGCAGACAGACACGAGACCCAACUGCAGCAAUUGACCUAAUCCCCCACAACCGCGUCGUGUCUCAACCCGCCCAGUGCGUUGGGGUGAGGUGAUCUGGGUUUAUCAAAAAUGAAGAGAAUACGGCUGGACAGAUUAUCGAGUCAAUUGCUCUCUUCGACCCCGGCAAGACCUGCGUCCACAUCCCACUCUACCAGAAUAUGUCCAACGGCCCGCACAUCUAGAUUACAAGCCCCUCUAUUCUGCCCAAGCCAAAGGAGGUGGCAGUCCACAACGCCUGAGCUGUAUACCGACGAAAUAGACUAUGUCGGAUCUCCAGACCCAGACCCAGCCGAAGAAGCGCGCAACUCGCCGCUCCCAUCGCCACCACCCGAACGAGCCUUAUACUCGGCAAAACUUGCGGCCCUGCAUGCGCGACUCUCGCUCUCCUCCAAAAUCCCCCUCCAGAUUCUCGCCCGCACCCUAAUAGACCCCUCGGCCGACGCCCACCCGCAUUACAACAAUGCGAACCUCGCAUUCCUGGGCGCUGCCCUGCUCCAGUACCACACUUCAGAGUUCCUUAUCAUGCGGUAUCCGCGCCUGCCCAUGGCGAUCCUGUUCUCCGCCAUGAAGGGCUACUCCGGCGUGCCUGCGCUGCACCAGGUCGCACGAGCGUGGGGUGUGGAGCCGUGCGCCGCGCCCGGCGAGGAAGUGGACCCGGGCGUGCUGCAAUUUUCGACCGACAAGCCGACGGUCAUGAUGAAUAAGUGGGGUUACGUGCGCGCCGAGUCGAAGGAGCUUCUGAAGUACAAGUGGCGCCGUGGUGUUAGUAGUAGAGUGGUUUACGACGACGCCUUUGGAGAGAUGGUGGCCAAGGAAAAGAAGCCGAAGGAAGGCGCCGAGCAAGAGCAGGGCCAGGGCCAGGAAGAGGGGGAGGCUAAGCCUGAAGUCAGCGACAAGCGGAAUACCAAAGACCUGGUCGUGCAAGACCCGACCCAGAACGCGCACGCGAACUUCGUGCGCGCCAUCAUCGGCGCCAUCUACCGGUACUGCGGGCGCGAGACCGCCAAGAUAUUCGUGCAGUCGCACAUCCUCUCCCGGAAACUCGAUCUCGAGAACCUGUUCGAGUUCAAGCUACCGAUAAGGGAGUUAGCACGACUGUGCGCUCGAGAAGACUUCGACCCCCCCGUGGCGAGGUUGCUGAGCGAGACGGGACGGCUGAGCAGGACGCCGGUCUUCGUGGUGGGAAUCUAUAGUGGCCGGGACAAGCUCGGUGAGGGCACCGGACCUAGUCUUGAUGCCGCGAGGACGGCGGCGGCGAUUAACUCACUAAAGGCGUGGUACCUGUACAGCCCCGGCGAAGUCGGUGUACCUAGCGACACUUUCGUGGAGGAUGCCGCCCACUGGGAGCCGGCCUACGUCGACAUUGGCGAGGUCAUAUCGUGAUGCGUCAUCAUAAGGAUCUAUACGAGGUGCUCUACAAUAGAACAGAACGUGAGAGGUUUAGAACCACGAGAAUUUCUCCUCUCCUCUGCCAGAGCAAGGCGUACCAGCACGACCCAUUGGAUAAAAUGGGAGACGGCCGAAAAUGAAAGCAAGACUAUUGGCAUCCCUUCAAAAUAAGAGAUGAUUGAUGAUUUGACGUCUUGGCUGUCGGCGGGACUGGUGUGUUAUGAGGGGCGGAUUCCAAGGGGCCGGAUCUGCCAACGUUGUAUCAUUGUACCAUAUUCAAAGAACGUCCAAAAGGCUGGAUGGCCCUAUGUAGAAACAUACAAGGACAGCACCACCCAUAAAACCACUCUUCAGCCGAGUGUAAAUAUCUAAAAGUACUUGCAUGA